UUCUUCUUCUCAACUUUGCCCGCCUGAUGCAACUGACGUUUUCCAAGGGCAUCAGAUGGAGUCAAGGCAUCAUGGACCUGGAAGCCCAGCAAUUCCAUUCUUCGGUUUGUCCAAAUGGCCCAACACAGAAAGUGUCCCAGCUCAAGGAUGUAUGGCACCUGCAGGCCCAGGUCGAAUGUUGCUGCAAGAACUGUUUUGGCAGCUAGAGCAAAGAGCGGUUCAGGUUCAAGAGGAGGAGUUCCAGUACUGCAUCUCCCGUGGUAUUCUGCCACACCGUCGCCCCCCAGCAUACCCAAGCCUGCUGGCCCUCAUACCUGCCUCGGAGCGUCAUCAGCUAGAACGCCUCUGUGGGCGCAUCCCACCCUCACACACUGCCAUUGUACUUACUAGGUUUCAUGAUCUUUUGGCCCACAAUGACAUCUCUCCCUGGGAGAUGGUGGGUGUCUUCAAGCAUGUUCUUAAGGACUUCCUGAGGAGACAGGAAGACAAAGUGCAGAGGCGUCCACUCCCUUCAGCUCCACCAGCAAUUUCUUCUGCUCCCAUAGCACCUAUAGAGAGUGGUAAUAGAAAUCAUUGGGCUGAAAAUGCCUCUCAGUCUUCACCAGAGGAGUCGAGAAAGCAAAGAGAGGAGAUCCCUACUAUUUCUAGUUACGUGGAUAAACACUUGCGUGCUGCCUGCCCUUACUCUAUCCACCGAGAUUGGAGCCUGCCCUAUUUCCACCCUUUUACUUUUGAGGCCUACAGCACCACUUUGUGAGAGCCACCUAAUUGUGGAAAUGAACAUGUGAUCCCUUUUUGUUUGUCCCUCCUCUUUGCAAGUUCCCUUGUUCUCUGACACAGAUCUACUGUGCGCUUACAACAUUGAGAAUAUCUAAUUACCCUCUCCAGUUUAAGUGAAAACUGACUAAAAAGUGGAACAGGGUGCAAAGUUAAACCUUGGAAUAAGAGCCAUAAUCUUUUGUAAUUGAUCAAAAAGAUGAUCAAACUUCAGAUUUUAAUGACAUAAGGGAGGCAAUUUUUCCUCUUUGGAAACGGACCAAUAAUUUGUGUUCAUUUUUUUCCUAUUGAAAUAAUAUUUUUACUUAGUUGUAGCUUUCCAGGAUAUACAGCUAAUGAGCAAAUUGGAGGUAGCACAAACACACAUGAGCACAUUCACCCAGAGCAGUCAACCCAGUUAUCCAGCCUAAACUGUCUUUUUUCGAAAGUUAUAUUUCUGGAUCACAGAGCAGAGAUUAGCCUGAGGGCCAAGGAUUGCACCACUGCCUUUGCACAUCAGUGAGUCCUGCUCCCUGCAUUUACCCAUGAUUUGCCUAGCAUGUUUCAUACAUCUCCAAACUUUUUAGAUCAGAGGUACAAACUCAUAUUGUCUGCCUGUUUGUGUACAAAUAAUGAGAUAACUAUUAUUUUUCUUUUUUAUUUAGCAUGGGCUAAAGUGGCAAACAAACAAACUUCAGAAUUAAAGCACAAGUUUGGUAAUUGUCCAUAAUGAGAGGGAUGAUCAUAAAGCUUCCAUUUUAAAGCAGAUUCAAAAAAGUGUAAAAACAAAUAGGAGACUUUUUACUGUUGUACUUCUCUUGUAGAGUGGAGUGUGUGAUCAUUAAAUACAAUAGUCUACACCAGCAAUCCAAAUAUUGUCUUUAAUUAAAUUAUUUUCUGCUUUAGAUUUUGUUAUUGUCUUUAUUACUUGAAAAAAAAAGUUUGUUGUAAUUGUGUAAGUGUAAGAUGAUCAAUUUUAUUUAUUUGCUUCUGUGAACCCUGUAAGUUUUUUAUUUUAAUUUAUUUAUUUAUUUAUUUAUUUUUUUAUUGCUCUUUUCAUAUGUUCAUUGUUCAUCUCAUACCCAGAAUUUCUGAAAAGCAUGUUGAGGACUGUGUUGUCCACAAAAAAAGAAAAAAAAGAAAAAAAGAAAAAAAAAGAAAUCUUUAUCCUAUAGACAUGUAAUUUUUUGUUUUGUUAAGGAUCAUGUCUCCAAUGAUGCAGGUUUCAUUAUAAUUUUUAUUCUAUGUCUCUGUUAUUUACUAAUUUUUAAUAGCAAGUCUCUUUUUGUAGUGUUUGAGGAGAUAAAAAAUGUGUAUAGGCUGAGAUGUAAUGUCGAAAUCAGUUGUAAUAUGUUCUUCGUUUUACAUUUUCAAUUAAUGAAUGCAAAGUGGUGCCCACAUGUACCUUCACAUGUAUCUCUUUUUACAGUGUAAUUUGGUAUAAUGAUAUCUAAUUGAUAGAAAUGUACCGCUUUCCUUUUUUGUUUAGUCCAUUAGUCAGUUUUUGUUCUAUUAUUUAUUUAUUUAUUGUUUUCUUUCUGUCACUAUGUGUAAUGUAAUGUAUGUGACACCUGUUUUACAGUUGUAUGUGUUAUGUGUGUUAUUCGUUGAUAAUAAAGCAUAAAUUAAUAAUAAUAAAACAUUUGUGA